GGAAAGGAAUAAAACAUCAUGCACGUCGAUUGUUCGCCUCUCCCACCGUCACUAUCCACGAUAGGGACAGAUCAAGUGGUGACGUCAGGUCAUCAGGGGAAUUCCUCUACAUACCCAAUAGCCAAACAGCUUAAUGCGGCUUUCUGACCGACGGUACUUAGAAUGGAGAAUAUAGUAUGGAGAACAAGGGAUGGUAAAGAGAUACGUAACCCAGAUGCGGACUAAGUUAAGGCAGGCUACCUACCCGGAUGUGAGACAAUGGCCGAAGCGGUAGACGGUGACGUAGUCUACUCGUCCGCAUGAUGUGCCUGAUGUUGUCUUUACACACUCUAGCUUACCAAGGUCGAUCCUUGUUGAAUCUGGAUAGACUGCCGGUAAGGCAAGGUAAACUAGAUCAGCCAUAGUUCGUUGAGCCGUUGAGCCGUCGAACCGUGACAAACAAUCUGCCCCAAGUUUCUAUAUAAGGGGCUUCCAAUUCCCACUCAGUCCCAGAAACUUUCCAUCAUCAUUCAUCAUCUUCAGUCUUCAACAACAACAACGAUCAACAUCAACAAACAACACAACCACUACAAAUUACAAACCACCAAACCUUCAAAAUGGACAAGAUUCAGAACGCCGCCAACUACGUCUCUGAUACCGUCAAGGGUGCCACCAGCACUGCCUCCAAGGAGGCCAACAAGGAAGUCGCCAAGGACAACAACGCAGGCUUCACCACUCGCGCAUCCGCCGCCAAGGACGCAGUCGGUGACAAGGUCGACGAGACGAAGCACAACACUUCUGCCGACGUCAACAAGGAGGCUGCCAAGCACUAAACUGCUCUCUGCUCUUGAUCAACUCCACCUCUAUACGAUUUGUACGAUGAGAUGAAUGGGGGAAUGCGAUUAUCCGGGCGUCUUUGGAACAGAUAAUGACUAUUUUGUCCACAUGACAUGGAGAGAUGGAUUUUGAUUCCCUUGAAAGAUUCAAAGAUCGCCGGUUGGCUUUAAAAUACCCCUAAGAUAGCUUAGAAUUAAAGCCGCUCUUCAUCGCCAA